UCCCUACCCCAACAAGCCCAACAAACCAAAAUCAUGCUGUUCACAAGACAAAAGCAACUCCAAGAGUUCUCAGGCUAUUACUUCAGGCAGCACAACAGGUGGAACAGCAUGGCGAGGCGACGAGAGAUUCGAUACUGGUAGCGUCACAUCUGAAGCCCCCCACAAAGGCAGCCACAGACAAAGGAAGAUGCUCCUGGGGCAGCCUGGACUCCCGGACAGCCAUCCCCUACAGUACGACCUCGGCCCCUAGGUUAGCUCCUCCUUCAACCGGACGGCCCCGCCCCCGUAACAGCAUUCAAUGAGGGACCACCCAGGCGGUGGGGACAACUUCCUCCGCUCGCUGUCCGGGUUCCAGCCGCCUCCCGGCCACCUUCUCGGCUCCGCCGCCUCCAUCCAUACAGUUACGAAGCUCGGCCCCACUCCGGCCGGCCACGCCUGACCCAGCUCGGCCUAGCCAACCCCUAGUUGUACUCGGGCCCUCUGCCUCCUUGGGAACCGUUAUUCCGACCGCAGGGCCCAGUGGGAGGCAUCGCUACGAAGCGGAACCCGGUAACCACGUCAGUAGGGAGCCCGCAAGGGGGCGCGCGUGCGCGCAGCCACGAGUCUGGGGUCCCGCCGGCGGGGGUGGAGGCUCACUCCCCGCGCCACGAAGACUGGCCAAUGGGAGCGCGCGCUGCAAGGCUCAGCUGUCCACACCGCGGCGCUGAAAACUCGGGCGGGUGAACCGUGGGGUUCCGGCGCGCACCAGCGGCCGGGCUCCAGGAGCACGCGAGGCCGGCACGCGCAAUCGCGUGGACACUGGGCGCGCGCUUGACAUCGGCUGCCCGGCCGGCGCGCGGAGUCGCCAGGCCAACCAUGGCCCCAGAGCCGCUGGCGACCGAGACCCCGGCUCAGGGGUCCUCUCCACGUUACUUCACCUGGGAAGAGGUGGCGCAGCGCUCUGGGCGCGAGGAGCGGUGGCUAGUCAUCGACCGGAAGGUGUACAACAUCAGCGAGUUCACCCGCCGGCACCCAGGGGGUUCCCGGGUCAUUAGCCACUACGCCGGGCAGGAUGCCACGGACCCAUUUGUGGCAUUUCACAUCAACAAGAGCCUUGUGAGGAAGUAUAUGAACUCGCUCCUGAUUGGAGAACUAUCCCCAGAGCAGCCCAGCUUUGAGCCCACCAAGAACAAAGAAUUGACUGAUGAGUUCCGGGAGCUGCGGGCCACGGUGGAGCGGAUGGGGCUCAUGAAGGCCAACCACGUGUUCUUCCUGCUGUACCUGCUGCACAUCCUGCUGAUGGAUGUCACUGCCUGGCUCACACUUUGGGUCUUUGGGACGUCCUUCGUGCCUUUCCUCCUCUGUGCAGUGUUGCUCAGUGCAGUGCAGGCCCAGGCUGGCUGGCUGCAGCAUGACUUUGGGCACCUGUCAGUCUUCAGCACCUCCACAUGGAACCAUCUGCUACAUCAUUUUGUGAUUGGCCACCUGAAGGGGGCCCCUGCCAGUUGGUGGAACCAUUUGCACUUCCAGCACCAUGCCAAGCCCAACUGCUUCCGCAAAGACCCAGACAUCAACAUGCAUCCCUUCUUCUUUGCCUUGGGGAAGAUUCUCUCUGUGGAGCUUGGGAAACAGAAGAAAAAGUACAUGCCAUACAACCAUCAGCACAAAUAUUUCUUCCUGAUUGGGCCCCCUGCCUUGCUGCCUCUCUACUUCCAGUGGUAUAUUUUCUAUUUUGUUAUCCAGCGGAAGAAGUGGGUGGACUUGGCCUGGAUGAUCACCUUUUACCUACGCAUCUUCCUCACUUACAUGCCGCUGUUGGGGCUGAAAGGCUUCCUGGGCCUCUUCUUCAUGGUCAGGUUCCUGGAAAGCAACUGGUUUGUGUGGGUGACACAGAUGAACCACAUCCCCAUGCACAUUGAUCAUGACCAGAACAAGGACUGGGUCUCUACCCAGCUCCAGGCAACAUGCAACGUCCACAGGUCUGCCUUCAAUGACUGGUUCAGUGGACACCUCAACUUCCAGAUUGAGCACCAUCUUUUCCCCACAAUGCCCCGACACAAUUACCACAAAGUGGCUCCCCUGGUGCAGUCCCUGUGUGCCAAGCAUGGCAUAGAGUACCAGUCCAAGUCCCUGCUCUCAGCCUUCGCCGACAUUGUCUACUCACUGAAGGAGUCAGGGCAGCUCUGGUUGGAUGCCUAUCUUCACCAAUAACAGCAGCACCCCCUGCCCCAUGUGGAAGAAGAGGACUCUGGAGCCAAAACAGCAGAGCUUGAGGGACAAUACCACUACAAUUCUAAUAUUCAGAGGGGGUUGGGGGCAUAAAGGCUCUGAUUCCAGCCCCUUCCUUUUAUUCUCUAGGAAUAGAUCUAAGACCCAAAAAGGGAUGAGGGGGACAUACAAGUCCCCCAGAGGGAAGGAAGAAGCUAUUGGGGCAGGGAAGACAGUUUUCUUGUUUGCUUUUUCUGGUUUGGCAGAUGGUGGCGGCUGGUGAGCAAAGGGAACUAGUUCCAUAUUAGAAGCAGGGGACCUACUGAGCCCAGAGUCAGGAAGGUUUAGCACUAAACUCAUAUAAAGGGCAAACUCACCUCACUGGUCCACUUCUCCACCCUCACUUACAAACCUCAGAGGGAAGGAACCUUUUGAGCAAGAUAAAGAAAGGAAGCAUUAACACUUCGAAUUCUGAGGCUUGGCAUAACUCAAUGCCAGGGAGCUCAGUUCACUGCACAGGGCUAGGGAGAAGCUAUUUCCCAAUUUCAGAAGGAGGCAGGGCAAAGAACCUAAAGGAUCAUGGCACCAACUGAUUUUGGUCUGUUUCACCCAGGAUCUAGGGAACACUUAAGUCCUAGCUCUUGCCAGAACAGAUAGUAGAGAGAGUUGUCUGCCAUUUCGAUUCACCUCUUCUUUUCACCUCUUUAACCACCUCCCAAGGAACAGAACACUUCCCAGGACUGAGUCUACUUCCUGCUCAACAGCACUUGAGCAGAUGUGACAACUUAAUCUUUUCUCCUCCUCAGAAACAAAUGCAGUAUCCAGUGGAUUCCAUUUGUUUCCCAACCUGCAAUUCUAAGUUUAAUAAAAACAGCAGUUAGUGAGCCCAACUCAUCAAAUUGGGAGAUACUAAUUAUCAGUCACAAGGAAAAACACAAGUUUGUUAUGAGGGUAAGGGCUGUAAGCUGAAACUUUUCUAUAAACUUAUGUUACAGCAUUAUUAUUGAGCAGGAGCAGUGGGUUAAAUAUAAUCACUUUAUAGUUCUAAGAAACAGAAAGAUUAAAAGUAUAGUAACGUUUGUGAUCAUUAUUGCUGUAGCUAAGUGUCUUACUUAGUCCACUGUUGCUCAAGUGUCUUAUUCUGGAGAUCAGAUAGGAAUUUAGGAUAACCCUUUGUAAAGCAUAUUGUGUGAUACUAAAAUAUAAUUCUUUAAUUUGGUUUUUAAAAGAUAAAAAGAGUUGAACCCAUCUCUGCAAAGAGAGAACAUAGGAAUAUGCCCAGGAAUCUUGCCUUCACUCUUGGGACUUAAUGCCUUCUCCAGCCCAGAGGCCUUCCUUCAGUUCAGGCAAAGGGGAUUAUUUCUUUGCCUCUUGAAUAGCAUCUACUCUUAGACAUACUGAUCACUUUGGACACUGGGAGGAGGGCACUUCACACUAGAACAGUGGUUCUAAACCUUCCUGAUGCCACCAUGUAUUUUCAUUGUUACCAAGGGGUCAUGACACUAGGAGGUACAGGCAGAAUAGCAGUCAAGAUGAAGGUCCUAAGGCACCUUGAGAUAGGAUUAGAGGCACCACCUGUGGAGAGGCUGUCAGGAUUCCUUAGAAGUUUGUAAAAACCAAGAUGCAGAGGAAGGAGUUCAGAUCUUUUCCAUUUGGGCAGAUUUUGCCUGGCUGGAGAAUUUGGUUUAAAAUAUUCUGGGUCAAAAAGCCAGAAGCAUAAUUGAAGAGUUCUACUUUCAUUGGUGUCCUUAUUCAGCAUUGGUGCCGUUCCUUUCUUGAGGUUUAGGUGUGGUGUCACCAGCCUGUUAAGUGAACUUGCUUUGGGCCUAGGCCACUGAAUCUGAACAAACAUCAGCAAGAUAUGGAGCCAAGAGUAGGUCCCCUAAGCACCUGAACCACUAUGGCCUUCUCUCCUCAGCCUAUAGCAAUAUGGUCUCUUAUGGCCACAAAGAGACCCAUUAGUAACAAAAGGUUCAGAGGUUACAGUGGUGAAAGGAAUGAUCUCAUAUCCACUGACAGAUGAGAUAAUUAGGCCCAGAGAGGAACCUAUGAUCACAGAUCAUGGCAGGUUUAACAUUUAAACUUGGCGUUUUUACAACUCUAAGUUCUAUCUUUGAUACCUUUGUCUUUUUACUACCUGGCCAGAGGCAUUUCCUUUAAUCAGGCCAAAUAUCAGCAUCUUUUUGUGUAGGUCAAUUUUGUUACAUCCUGUUGAAGUAAAACUGAAAAGGAAAAGUUAAUUUUGACCAAAUGGAGGCUGUUCAUUUGUAACCCAUGAUGCCCAUCUUGGUGCCCUAGCUCCACGUUACUGCUUUCUGAAUAUAAUCACCACAGACCCCUUUAUAUAAGUCCACUGGACAGAAGAAGGAAGAUAGAUCAGGACCUUCCGGAAAACACCAAGACAAGGGUGGCAAGAGCAAGUCCUUCCCACCAAUAUAUGUUCAAAUGUAAGGUUGCCUUGAUGACUCACCAGAUUUCAUGAGCACAACUUCCUACUUGGGUGGCAAUGACCUCACCUUUUGGAUAAUUUUUCCAUUUUGAAUCAUUUUCUCUUUUCAACUCAUUUCUAGUAUCUAAAUAGUGCCCAAGAAUCCUAUUUGCCUAAAUCUUCCUCUGUAAGCCCAGUGCCUCAGAGCUAGAAUACAGAACAAUUCCUCUGAAAUCUCCAUCCUAACAGCUCUCCUGAGCAAAAACAGGAUAUUUAGAGGCGUAAAUGACUUUCCCUGCAGUGUGACCAUACAAAGUUAAUGACCAAGCAACUCAGCUUCAAAAAUCAAAUCAUGACAUGCCUGAAUACUCCAGGGUAUAAGCUCUUAAUUAUAAUAGGUAGGGGCAUUGAGGCAGUACUCAAAUCUUACCAUCACUAAAGCCCUAUCACCAUUUCUGCAGGUUUAGAAUUAACUACUUGAAUCAGAAAAUGGAGCUUAAACAAGUUCCAUGGCUUGGUUUAAUCUAGGAAAAUGUUUCAUUUGUCAACAACUGCUAAAGUAGGGCAGUGAAUGAAACUAAGUUCUUUUCCCUCAGAAUAGAACUUUUUGUAUCCACCAGUGAUUUUCAAGAGUGCCCUAAUCAUGAGCUCACUGGUGGGAGACAGUUUCCCAUUCUUGCUUCAAGCAGAGGCACUCUUAAACCUGAGAUUUCACCUUAAAAAUGAAUUCACUUCAUUAAAAGAUUUGAAAACCA